CUCCGAGUGACUGUCUCUAGAAGACACGUAUGUCAUAUAUUGCAUUGUACCAGGUUCUUCAUAAACUAUGUGGCCAAAGUAUUGGUAUUCCCAAGGCAGACCUUCCAUCGAGUAUGCUUACGGCAAACGAGAACUGAAACUGUAGCCAAACAUGGGAGCUGCUUUCUCUAAAGCCACCACGAGCAAUGUCACCCCGGUUAUCUCUCGCUCACCUUUCCACGUGCAAACGGCUUCUCCAUACCUCAAGGCCAUCGUUCAACUUCAUUGGCCUUCCUGACCCCACUUCCAACCUCCGGCCCAUCAUAUACACCACUACCACCACUUCUUCCUCCCCUUCCGAGUCUAAACAGCACCCAUACUCCCUCAGAGAAUUCUCAGAUGAUACCGUAGACCAAGAACUACAGUGGAAACUCCAUCGAGAACAGCUCGACGCGUUCAACCACGCAUAUUGGGCAGAGAGUAACACCCGCUUUGAGGCUGCCAAAUCCUCAGUCCUCGCUGCCAUACCGCCCAAUGCACCCACUGAAGCACACGAGCACGCAUUGUCCGAGUUUUACAAGAAGUGGGUCGUCCAAGAACGAGCGCGUCAGGACGAGUAUGACGUAGAGCUCAAGAAGCGGACAUUCGAGGAUCUCUCGCUUUCUGCCAAAGUCGAAUUCCAGAGGGCAAAGAAAAGGCUAGCGAGCUGGAGGUUUCUAUAAUCUAUAUAGAUUUUGCAACUGCAGCGAGAAAGCAGGACUCGUACGAUAACUACCCUAUCCCUCUCUUGCGUACCCCAGGUCCAGCAUCACAAGCUCUCUCACACGAUGAUACACGUCUCCCAGUCUCAAUCCUUCGACUCCUGAGCUCUCGGCUCUAUAAUCUCUCGCUAGGUCGCCCACCAUAUCCUCCUGUAUGCCUGGGAAACGCGACUUGAUCUCGGGCAUCAAAGGCACCGACAAGCAUUCAUUCGGGUCGAGGUCGACGCCGGUUAGCUGAGAUAAUUGGGGCGAGGGCAGAAUAAUGUUGAACGUGGUAUAGAGCGCGGUCGCGCGGAAACGGGAGGUUAGUUGGGCGUCAGUUAUGUUGGCGGUUUCGCGGAUGGAGUCCCAGUCGUCGUGGUUGUAUAUCCUACACCAAACUCUUCUGAAUGAUGAUUGUUGCCU